GUUGUUACUGUGUAUAUUAAAUAGGUGCAAAUUUGCUAUUUUUAAUAUAAAUCCUUAAAUUAAUUAUUAGGGAGGCAAUAAUAUUAAGGAAAUAUUUUUGAGGAAUAUACAGUAUUAAAGAAUUAAUGGCCAAAUUAACGAAUGGCUGGAUUCAGCUGGUACCUUUCAGAAGGCUUCCAAGUAAUAAUUGAGAAGUCUAAGGACGCGCAAUGUUCUCUUAAAGAUAUUCAAUUGCGUUUUUUGUGCCCCGAUGAUCUGGAAGAGGUGAGAGCUUUAUGUAGAGAAUGGUUUCCAAUAGAGUAUCCACAGUCUUGGUAUGAAGAUAUCACAUCGUCAGAUAGAUUUUUCGCCUUAGCUGCUGUGUACAAGAGUCAAAUUAUAGGCCUUAUUGUUGCUGAAAUCAAACCAUAUCUUAAGCUAAAUGCAGAAGACCGAGGAAUACUAUCAAGAUGGUUUGCAUCAAAGGAUACACUUGUAGCUUAUAUUCUUUCACUAGGUGUUGUAAGGUCGUAUCGUCGGUCAGGGGUUGCGACAAUGCUGCUAGAUGUACUAAUCAACCAUCUAGCAGGCCCAUUCGCUCAGCCACCCCAUGAGCAUCAUGUCAAGGCGAUAUUCCUACAUGUACUGACUACCAAUAGGGAAGCAAUUCUCUUUUACGAGAAGAGAAGAUUUAGGCUCCAUUCAUUUCUGCCAUACUAUUAUUCAAUAAAAGGCAGAUGUAAAGAUGGAUUCACGUACGUGUACUAUGUAAAUGGGGGGCACGCUCCUUGGGGCUUGUAUGACUAUGUGAAGUUCGUCGCUAGAGCCGCUUGGAGGGGAGGGGGCCUAUACCCUUGGCUUUGGGGGAAACUUCGUACUGCGCUAACGAUAGCGUGGCAUAGAUAGCUGUAACUUAUUGUAUAGAUCUUCGAUAAUUUAUACGUCUAGAUACACUUGAAAGCUGCGAAAAAAUAGCGGCCAACUGUAAGCCUUUAUUUUUAACAAAACAAAAGUGACUGAGUGUAAGACGUAGCUGUCAUGCACACUAAAGUAAUAAACAUGGCCUGUUGUCAUGCGAUGCCGAAUAUCUCUCUCAAGACGUAUAAAUUAUCUAAGAUAUAGAUUUAAAGUUAAACCAACAUGUGACUUGCGCCGGCGUGCGAAUAACGUAAUUUGUGGGUACAUGUAAAACAUUAAUAACGUAGAAAUGUUUUAUUUUUUUUUUAAAUACUUAAAUUAGUUGGACAUCACAAUUCGCCAAAAAAUCGGCAUACAAAUAUUUAAAUGUAGGAUUGUACUGAUUACGAGCAGGUUUCCCUGAAUUUGCCCACUUAAAUUUUGGCAUAUUAUUUCAAACAACUUUGUUUUCUCAUCUGUGUACCGAUAAGAAUGAAACAAAUACUGAAUCCGGGAACUACUACCAAGUAUCCGUUUUCGAACACUGCUUUUAGUGGCCUCCUUUCUACAAGCGCUACGUUUAAAAAAUAUUAACAUUUAAUCUUCACACACUAUUUUUUAUAAUUAUGUAGGUAAAAACGUAAACACCUUGGUUUGUUAUAUGACUAUCAGUAAAGUAUCGUUGGAUGCUUUUAUUUAUACUAAAAAAAAAUAUUUUAUUUGACCGCUCUAUUUUGUUUUAAAUCUAUGUGAUUGCAAAGGACGUUGCGGGUGGAAAGGGGCGGGGGGCGCUUCAAGAUAUAGACCUAUAAAGAUUUGAACAGAACAAAAAAUCUUUGAAGUUUACUUGCUUACUACUUACUUCUUUAGUAUGCCGGCUGUGCGACCCAAAGUAGAUAUUGGCUUCCUAUCUUUUGCUACUUGAUGCAAGAAUACUUAAGACCAUGCAAAUGUUAUUCAAGUUUCUUCUCCCAGAAUUCGCUUGGCUAGGGUAAGUAAAUAAUUCAUAAACAUAAAAAUUCUACUCAUCUACCUGAAGCCUUUUUUUUAUUUGUAGCUCGACUGUUUACACACUUAGCCUCUUGAUUGGGCCAUUGUGCGUGUUCGUUUAUCUUCUUACUCCAACCAGCCCAGAUCAUUCCAGAAGUCUAGCAGUAUUUUUAAGUUUCUGCAGCCGUCCGGAAGCGAUGCUGGUGAUAGGAGUAUUUGUGCCCGUUGUUCGGCCACACCCCUCCACUCAUAAGCACGUGUUCUGGCGUGUCUUGUGCCUCCAUGCAUCCUCUGCACAGAGGGCUGUCUGUUACACCUAUGAUAGACAGAUAUUUGUCCAAGGGACAGUGACCGGUGACAACACCUACAAUUGUACGUAUUUGGUCCCUGUGUAGUCUCAUCAGGUUGCGGGCGAACCUCUUUGACGGCACCGGAACCGCAUUCUUUGUUUGCCUGCAACCUUUUUCUUCCCUGUUUCUCCACUCUGUUAUGUGGGAUUGUUCCGUUUUUUCUCCUCCGUUUUUGGGCCUUAGGUAUGGGUAGCAGUGGCUCCGGUCCAUAUGCUACAGCUUCGGAUCCCCUUUUGGCUAGUUCAUCUACAGCAUCUGAAGCCUUAUUAUCCUCUUGCUUUUCAACAUUAUUUAGAUUUAAAGUAGUUUUUUUUAUUAUACGUAAUAUAAUUGAAUAUUUUUGUGUUAUUAAUGUUUUACAUGGAAUCCUUAAAUCAUUAUUUAGAUAUAGGAAUUCUCAUUAUUUGAGCCUGUUUUAACAUGUUUUAGUAUGGUUUACCAUACUAUUAGUCUACAAUUAUAAUGGCUUUAACAUGCCAAUGAUUCUAAAUGCAAUUAUUAAAUGUCUUGCCUUAUUGUGGACACGCCUCAAUAUCUUACUACCGUACUCAAGAAACGAAAAUAAAUUUAAAUUUAUUUUGUACCCAUAAUAAUUACGAGAACUAAUUUCUUAGCUAUUUUACAGUAUCUACUAUGUCUGUUUUCGAUGUCCGGUAUUUUUUUCAGUCAGCAUUACUAAAUACAUGGUUUUCGGUGUAUCCACCUUAAAACAGCCAUCAUACGGUAUACAGGAUGUCCCAAAGUUAUGGGACAUGAAGGGAAAGUACCUUAAAUAUCGAAGAUAGGCAAUUUUACUGAAAGAAGACUUUAUGUUAUUUUAAAAAGUUAGUAAUUCUGCAUUCAAAGAUUUUCUAAAAAUUACUUGCCUCGUCUGGGAAUCGAACCGUCUUAAAUAUACCCCCUACUCUUAUGAUGCCAAUCGAAAGAAUGGCCAAAAACUAAUAACUCUUCUUAAGUAACAUAGUAUUUUAAAAGAAAGUAGUCAAUUAAGUGGGUAUUAUUUGUAAAUUAAUUAAUUAAAUGGUCAAAAUGUGAUAUCUCUUGUCUUACGCAAAUCGCCAAUCUUUUAAUGAGUCCGCUGCCUGUUGAUUUUCUUAUCAUUUUAUGGUGAAUACUCGAUAUGAUAUGGCACAAUUCUGUUUGUAACUCGCCCACGUUCUCCUAUCGAUUUUUGUAUAGCAUCUCUUUCACGUAUCCCCAAAAGAAGAAAUCUAAUGGUGUAAGGUCCGGGGAUCUGGCCGGCCAUCUAAUCGGUCCAUUCGUACCAAUCCAAGUAGGAAAACAUUCGUUUUACGUUGUUCCUUUCUUUUAAAAUACUAUGUCACUUAAGAAGAGCUAUUAGUUUUUAGCCAUUCUUUCGAUUGGCGUCAUAAAAGUAGGGUUUUUUUUUUUACAUUUCAGUCGGUUCGAUUCCCAGACGAGGCAAGUAAUUUUUAGAAAAUCUUUGAAUGCCGAAUUACUAAUUUUUAAAAAUAACAUGAAGUCUUCUUUCAGUAAAAUUGCCUAUCUUCGAUAUUUAAGGUACUUUCCCUUCUUGUCCCAUAACUUUGGGACAUCCUGUUUACCCAUAGGUGUGAAUUUAAUUAAUUUGAUUAUUUAUUGUACUAUCUUCUCCCUCUAGUUAGUAUGUACAGUCACAUACACAAAAGCAAUUGAAUAGGGAACAAUGCGGUUAGGGUUCUGAAACAAAAAAGAAAAUUAUCGAAAAUUAGGAGGCUCUUUUCGGUUUUUCGGUUCUACCUAUAGUUGAUAAAUAAAGAUAGAAAAUUCUUAUUUUUUUUUUCCUGUUUUUUUUUAGUUUUAGUUUUGAAUAUUGAUAGCAGCUGCAUACAAAGUUAUUGCAUAAUGCGAUAAUAAUAAACCUUACAAUAAUUGUCCUGUGAUCAAUUAAUAUGGGUAAAUUGUAUAAAAAUUGAAAUACAAACUUACGGAGAAAUGAAAUCUUCCGGUGAAAAUUGUACCAAUAUCGGUUCAGUAUUUUAGGUUUAAAUUCGAAGAUACAUAGAUGCAGUAAAAAUCUUCCUACUCUUUUGACAAAUAAUUUUUUUGGUGACGUUUCUAAGUGCGGUGGUUUAUUUUAUAAAGAGGCUAUAUAUGCUUUUAUGUGUAUAUUAAAGUUAAUUACUCUAUGUAACAUAAAACAUUGUCGUAUUAAGUAUUUAUAAAGUAAUUUAUUGUAAAAAAAUUCAAAAUUUUGUAAUUAUUUUUAACGAACAUAAUUGAAAUUAGUAUUUUACUUUUAAAUUUGUAUUAUUUUUGCUAAUAUACUCUUGAAAUAAUUAUUUUAGUGAUUAAAUUAGUAAUCAGGUUUUCGAUAAACUCUUUGAUGGUUGUAAUACUUGUCGAAUAAUACUAAAAUAGAACAUUCUAAGAUUUUACUUGCAAUCCUUUCACUCAUAUAAAUGUAGUCAUAAUUUACGUUCAUACAAAAACUAACCAUACUACUAGUAUAAUAGAGCUCAAUACUGUAUGAUAAAUUAGAAACAUUAUUAUUUUUGAAUAAAGGCGUUAUUUUUCGGAAAACCAGAAUGCUAUCCUAAUGCUAUGAGUUUUUGCCUUCGACGCAUCCUCAGGAGAUGUAGACUCGCCGAAUUUUUCCGACUCGAAACACGUGUUGAACUGGCUGAAAAUAAAUCAUAGCUUAAUUUAGACUAAAAGACUCAUAGCAUUAUGAUACAUGAAAUUUCGAUGACGAUUGAUAACUCCAGUCGCGAGUUCUAGAAAAUUUCGGACAAUGACCUCAAUCCCUAUUACAUUGCAAGCAAUGUGUGUUAUCAGCGGGACUAAUAGAUUAUGUGUCACUUUUGACGUUUCGUUAUAUAUACCUACCGUACGUAUUUAUAGCGUUCUAGCGCUGCGUGUUUAUACUGUCCGGUUAGACGACAAAUUUCUGCAGCGCUGCAGCGAACUUUUUCUUUUAACUGUCAUUGUUUUAGACAGCUAUUUAAAAAGAUAUUUAAGUAUGUUAUAAAUAAUAUCAGCUCUUUGAACAUAUUUCUUGGCAUAGCUACUAUAUUAUGUAGUAGCGACCUUCCUAUAAAUACGUUACAAAAACAAGUGUGUGUGUGUACUUAUGUAUGCACGCAAGAAGUUAUGCUUCUUUGGCCUAACAAAGCAAUUAUCCAUAAAAUUAUUUAUUCCUUGUGCCAUUCUACGUUUGUAGAAAGAACAAUAUUGUAAAAAUCUUGCAAAGAUGGCUUUGACGAUUAAUUAUUCAAUAACGAAAACGUCUGUACGGGCUUAAACCGUUUGCCUGUCCUAAUAAUGGACGAAGAAACAAAAAAAAAAUACGAAUGCCGCGAACGUCACAAAAAUGUUAGGAACCAACUUCACCCUGUUCCUUUUUUGUUAAAGUGAUGCGCUCGCAUCUUAAAAUUUCACUCUCAUAUUUUUUUUAUAACGUGCCAAAAGAAGUAUAACUUCAUAAUUUUUUGCAUUAAUUCAGCGAAAUCGUCAUGCAUAUAUUUUACGGUCCCGUAUGUCCGAGUGUCUGCUAAUUUCAGUCGAACAAUUUGUGAUAUUUUUAUUCGAUACACGUUUUAAAGGAUAAAAAAAAAAUAUUUCCGUUAGCUUUCGUAUAUGUUUUUAAUUUCGGUCGAAUGUUUUGUUAUUAUGUGCCAUUAAUACGUAGUUUUCACGCGUGUUUUCUAACAAAUGUAAAGUAACUUUGAGAAUAGUAACUGUUGGAUGACUAGAAAGUGCAUUUCCUUUUUUGACAUUUUCCAAAAACAAUAAUUCGUGUUGUAAUUUCGAGUAAUGAACUUGGCUUUUUAGCCAAGGGUGUUGAUGCGUUUGUUUUUAAGAAUGUUUCUAUAUCUCGAAGUCGAAAGUCUUUAAACUAUAAGAAUAAAAUUACUGGGCAAAUGAGACUUAUCAUCCUAUGUCUCAAGGUGACGAGCGCAAGAGUAGUGCCGCUCAGAAUUUUUGGGUUUUUCAAGAAUCCUGAGCGGCACUGCAUUGUAAAGGGUAGGUCGUAUCAAUCACCAUCAACUGAACGUCCUGCUCGUCUCGAACUACUGUCCUAAAAAAAAUACAAAGAUCUGUUAUGAACCAUGUGACAUGAAAAAUUCGUAUUCUGCAGUCGUAGAUUAAAAAAAACUGAACCAUCUCAUCGAUUUAAGUGACAAGAAAAAUUGGUAGUCGUAGAUUUAAAACAAAAACUAGUUGGUCUUAGUUCGGCAAUUGAACCCGGAAGUUUUGAAAAAUAAAUCAAAUCAAAUUAAAAAAAAUUGAUUGAGGAUUUUAAAAAUUGAUUUGAUUUAAAAAAUAAAACGUAUAUUAAAUCUAUAGUCGAGGUCAUCCGAUUUAACCCUACUACAAAUCUUGUAGGUAUAUUAUUUUUUAUUCUCAUUUAUUGUUAUGGCGGCAUUAUUUCGUAUUGUGGAUGAGUUUAAGGCUGAGAGCGUACUGAGACUUUGCUAAGACUUUACUUGCAUAACACUGAGCUGAGCUGUAAGAUUAGCAUAAUUUCUGAUUUCAUUUUUAUAUAAUGAAAUGAAAUUUUAUUUGCUAGAAACAUUGUAAUUAAGUUGUCACCAUACUAUUAUUAAUAAUCCAAUUUGUUUCAAGAAAAUUUAUUGAAUUAGGCGUUACUUUGCGGAAAUCCAUAAUUUUACAAAUGAUUUAAGUUUUCUUUAGUGUUAAUUCCGCCAAUAUUUGUUUUUAAAACAAUUCGACACGUGUUUUCGCCUCUACACGAGGCAUCCUCAGGACGUGUUGUCUCGCCAAAAUCUUGAGUCAAAAAUCAUCUUGAGUCUCGUGCCAGAUUUUGGCGAGACAACACGUCCUGAGCAUGCCUCGUGUAGAGGCGAAACACGUGUCGAGUUGUUUUAAAAACAAAUAUUGGCGGAAUUAACACUAAAGAAAACUUAAAUCAUUUGUACCAAUAUGUUUCGUCAAUUGACAUGCAAAAUAUGUUAUAGAGUUAUCUAAGUACCAACACACUACUGUUAUACUGAAACAUGUCGGAUUUCACAAUUCUUUCAUUGAUAUUAAUAAAAUUAAAAGUUAAAGAUAUUGUAAUAUAUGAUGUCAUAUAGUUAAUGGGUUUUCCAAUAAGGACUUGACAACUUUGUUUGAAAAUAAAAUGAAAACCAUUUGCGAUAUUUCAAAAAUUUUAGCAUCGGGUUGAACAUACAAAACAUUUAUAAAUGGAACUCGACUUAGCUCAUAUGGCCACCGCGGGCACGUUUGCACAGUCGAUUCGUUGGACCCAAUUUUCCAUGACUCGGCCACACAGUUCGGCCGAAACGGCUGCUAUUUCGCGUUCAAUGUUGGCUUUGAGCUCUUCUAACGUCGUCGGCUUGUUAGCAUAGACCAAUGACUUGACGUAGCCCCCAAAGGAAACAAUCUAGACCAAUCGACUGGUCCAUUUCUUGAGAUAACACGCUCAUCAAACUUGUUCAUCAAUAAAUCGAUUGUAACGUGCCCGCGGUGGCCAUAUGAACGAAGUCGAGUUCUAUUCAUAAAUGUUUUGAAUGUACUUCAACCCGAUACUAAAGUUUUUGAAAUAUCUCAAAUGGUUUUCAUUUUAUUUUGAUAAAAAGUUGUCAGGUCCUUAUUGGAAAACCCCUUAUUAGCAAAUGAAAUGAAAUUAUGCUGAGAUAAAGCUAACGGCCGUUCCCAAUAUUCAGUCGAUCUCUUACUUGAGAUAAAAAUCGUAACUAUCGUUGACUUUUCUGUACCGAUAAACUUAUCGACGGUAACUCACCUUAUCCGUACGCUGUCUGUCAUUGGGACGACUUAUAGCUUACCAGCGAUAGAAGUUUGUAUGGAAAUAGCAUUUAACGCGUCCCAAUAUAAGGCGAUAAGAAUGACUUAUCGGGUAUAUUGGGACAGCUUCAGAUUAUUGAUAGGUAAUUACUGACAGUAGAAGGUAGUAAUUUGUCCCAAUCUGUAUAUAGUAUAUUGAGAACGGCCGUAAGACAGCCCAAUACAAAAAGUAAGAUUGUGAUUUAUCAAACUCAGCUAAGUUUUACAUAAGUAAAGUCUAAGUAUGCUCUGCAGAUCUUAACCUAAGUAACGAAACUCCCGUUGGUAACCCUUAGUGUAAAGUAUUUUUGUUUGUAUGCCAAUUUCACAGAUAACCAUUAAUUAUUGCCCUUUUACAUCUUAUGACUCACUUCGAACCAAAGCCGUGAUUGUUCAAAUUAUACUAAUGUCAAACAUUCGAUGCCCGCUUUCAAAAUCCAUAGACAAACGACUGAGAAAUCAGCUUGAUCGGUUUAUCUGUAAGCUGUGUUAUAAUUUUGUAUUGAAUUGAAAUUGAUAUAGAAAAAUCACUAAAUUCAAAGAGAUGAAAGACCCGCGACUUCGUCCGCGUGGACUUUCAUCUCUUAUUCCAUCUCCAAAUAAAUGAGAGUUUCUUGCGCCGCUUCUUAUCUCUCAGAGCGCCAUUUGUUACCGAAGCGGUAGUAGUAUCUAGUAUAUUAGAAAUGACAUUCAAGAGAAUUCUAAACGAAUCAAUUUUGAGAAAAUAAAUGCCUUUUAUGCCUUUGUAUAUGAUUGUGAUAAUAUAUGAUUGUUUGCUUCUUAUCAAGUACCUAAAGCAAAGUUUCAUGGUUUAUCUCCGAAAAUGAUAAAUUUUCAUCCCUUAUUUUAAUCCCUUCAUGCCCUUUUUAAAAACAAAUGGUUGCUUGUGUGUGUCUAUGUUUAAACCAAAUCUAAUCACAAACAAAUCCGGAGUCAGGCGUAAAAGCGUGACUUUGUUUGGAGUUCCAUACGAACUUUCUUUCCCCCACAUGUAGAAAUUUCUAAAACGCUACAAAAAAUACUUAUUUAUGUCUUAUCAAGUGCCUAAAUAAAAAGUUUCAUGGUGUUCAUCUUCGAAAAUGUCGAACCUACAAACUUCCAUCCCCUAUUUCAACCCCUCCAAGCCUUUUUUUCGCGAUACAAGGUAGCCUAUGUCCUUUCCCAAUCUCUAGUCUAUCUAUGUACUGAAUAUCAUCAAAAUUGAUUCAUUGGUAUAGGCGUGGACGCACUUUUACCGAAAUAUAUUAUUGUUUAUAAGUAAGUCCCGUUUACACCAUUUUUUUAAUGCGCGGCGGGCAUAGAAUGUUUGACAUUUGUAUACAAAUUUAGUCACGGACUAGUAAAAAAAAAGGACUCCGCGCCGUGAUAUUAGCAAGUGAAGCACCUUUACGCUAGUGUGUGUGCGGUUCCGGGGGUACCAGUUACACAAUUUUUACUCCCUUAAAUAAUCAUAUAUCCACAAAUACUUUUAUAGGAUUGUUUUUACAAUUUUUCACAACGCACGACGGCAUUUUUAAAAUAUUUUAUUGCGACGCAAACUGUUCUGUGACAGACGAUGGCAAAUCUCAUAAUGGCGGCCGAUCGGCUUGUAUUGGUCUAAAUGUAUGCGCGGGGGCUAUGUAUUUACACGUUUACCGGCUUGUUUUGGUGCUUCACUGCUAUGCUGACACGGAUUCCUUCGUUUUUUACUCGUCCGUGAAAUUUAGUAUAGUUUUGAGUAUUAAGAAAAUUAUUACUAGUGUAUAAUGACAAUUAUUAGUAUUAUUUUGUUGUAGAGUUUUAUCCUAUUUUUUUUUCACUGUAUGAAAUGUGAUAUGAUAUUGUCUAUAAAUAAUUAUAUUAUAAAUAUUAUGUAAUACUUACUUUUGUUUUUGUUUAUUUCCGUUUGAACUUUAUUGUAUGUUUUCAUUGCAAAUAAAUACUUCCAAAUGUUGAAUAGUAAGGACCUUAUUGUUGACAGAUUAUAUUAAUACGUAUUUAUUCUGUGAAUUUUCUAUGUUGUGAAUAAUACAAAAUAUUAUAAAGUGAUGUGUA